AUGAUAGUACGGCAAUUUGGACUGCGGCAGGGCCGCAAUGUCUCCCAAAGACUUCUCCGAUUCUCGUCUACCAACACAACCUCGACCACCACGACCACCACGACAAUCACGGCAGAGGAGGCAUUCCCAAUAAGUCAAGAUAGCCAAUUGAGCUCUACCGCAACACAAACCACAGCUGUGUCCGGCACCGAAGCCACAGCUUCUCCAGCGUUGAAGAGUCGCGCCGCUUUCAUGCAAGCUGCCCGACAACGCCAAAAACAAAAAUCCAUCGGCACAACAAUCUCCCAAACCUACGACCCAAACCACCUCCUCAAAUCGCCCCCUCAACCCUCCGAAGUCACCCUCGAGCUCCUCCUCGCUUCCCAAACCCAUCUGGGCCACACCACAUCACGCUGGAACCCGCAAAACUCGCGCUACAUCUUCGGUAUCCGCGAAGGUGUGCACAUCAUCAGUCUCGAUGUGACAGCCGCAUAUCUCCGUCGAGCCGCCAAGGUCGUCGAAGAAGUCGCUCGACGCGGUGGCCUGAUCCUCUUCGCUGGCACCCGGCCCGGUCAAAAGGAGUGCGUUGUCCGCGCCGCAGAGAUGGCAAAGGGGUACCACAUCUUUGAGCGCUGGAUUCCCGGUAGUCUGACCAACGGGCAACAAAUCCUGGGCAACUGCGACAUCAAAGUCGUUAAUGCGCUUGAUCAAGAGCUCAAGGAUUACAAACAGUACAUCUCCACCUCGACAAAUGCCGAUGCGCCGAGACCCGUGCUCAAGCCUGAUUUGGUUAUUUGUCUCAAUCCCGUUGAGAAUGAGGUGCUUUUGCAUGAGUGCGGGCUGCAUAAUAUUCCCACCAUCGGUAUCAUAGAUACAGAUGCAGACCCGACGAGAGUUACAUACCCGAUUCCGGCGAAUGAUGAUAGUUUGAGGUCUGUGCAACUCAUUGCUGGUGCACUUGGUCGGGCAGGAGAGGAAGGGCAGAGAUUGAGGUUGGAGGAGGCUGCGAGGGGAAAGUUCACCUAUACGCCUGUUAAGGAGAGGGAUAUUAAACCUUCGACGGAGGGUGAGCAGUAA